AGAGGACAGGGGGUAUGGAGACGGAUGAUCCGCUGUGGCGACCCCUAAUGGGAGCAGCCGAAAACAGAAGAAGAAGAAGAAGAUUAUAAUUAAGCAACCUUCUUUUUUGGAACAAAGGUGUUGCAACACAAUCAGCCACUAGGUGGCACUAAAGGACCAUUCAAAAUUGUCGGGGAUUUUAGAGUGGACAUGAGAAUUAGAGGCACGACAGUAAUAACAACAGAAAUAAAACAAUAAAAAAUGAUAUAAGACAAAAAGAAAGAAAAUAGAAAAAAAAUGUAUCCUAUAAUUUUUCCUCUUGUUAAUUCUGUAAAUAAGGACUACUGUUAUUAGCGUUGUGAACCAAAAUGGCGGAAUAUGAAAGUAGACUCGAGGAGAAAGCGAUCAGACUUAGGUCAUUAAAUGAAAUCGGAUCAAUGAAGCAACAAAAAUAAACAACAUUUGGGUGUCAAAUGAGAAACAAAAAUGAGCAGCUCGGAAACUUCCCAGUAGCCAACGAGCCGCUGAUGACGUCAUCUGCCCAGGGGCGGGGGGGGGAAUGCUGAAAGUGCCACUUGUGUGACAGAUCAGAGAGGAAACUUCAGAAAGAGACCGUGUUUCUGGCGCUGAUCGGACCCCCUUGUUCGCACCCAUGUCUGGGACUCGGUCUGUCCGCCGUGUUUCUGCUGAACGCAUUGGUUAUGGAGCAGCACGGAAGUGAUGACGAAUCACCGGUAGUUUUUCGAGGUGAAACCCGGAGGAGAAGGAGGAAAAUGAAAGCGUUCACUUCAAAUUCGUCAGCAGCAAUGGAUCAUUUAACAUUGGAGUUCGUGCUUCCUACGACUAACAAAACGACCAAAAACCCCGACACUCUGCAGUUGGAUGUGAUCGGGAACUGGACGGUAGGGCAGGUAAAAGGACAGCUGUGGCUGAAGGCAGUCACAACCAAUAUGUGCCCUGAAUUCUACCAGAAAUACUCACCAGAACACUGCAUCCUGCUCUACCAAAAGAAAGGCAGCUGGUGUGAGAUCUAUGACAAGCACCAGGUGUUUCAGACCCUGGACUGCAUUCGCUACUGGAAAGCACUUAAAAAGGAUGUUGGAAAAAUCUAUCUGGUUUUAAAGCCGCAGCCUUCUGAAGAAUUCAUCCAAUACCAGAAAUUUCUAAGUCAUCUAAUAGGGUAUGAUGUCACGGAUGUCAGCAACGUUCAUGACGAUGAGCUGGAGUUCACGAGAAGGAAGUUACUUACAACCAGAAAAAUCGAACUGAUUGACCGCGAUCCCAAACUUUACUCAAUGGAUCCCUGGAUCACCACCAAACAGUUACCUGAUUACCUGCUGAGUAAGAUCACUAACAACCACAUCCUAGUUGUGAUACACAAAGACACCUCAAGUCAGACAAUAAAGGUAUCAAUUGACGACACACCGUUUCAGGUUCUUCAGAGUUUUUUUAUUAAGGCUACAAACAAGAGGGCGUUGCUCGGCAUACCUGAGGAUGUCAGUGAGUCCGAUUUUGUUCUGAGGGUUUGUGGAAGAGAAGAAUAUCUCUUUGGGAACUAUCCUAUCAAAGAUUUUCACUGGAUCAGACAGUGCCUCAAAAGUGGAGAAGAGAUCCAUUUGGUGCUUGAAUCUCCUCCAGAUCCUGAGCUAGAUGUGGUCCCGAAGGAGGAUUGGUCACAGGUGGAUGACUGCACUGGUGUGGCUGGUACUCAUGAGCAAUUGACGAUUAAUGAGAAAGACCAUGAGAAGGUGUUCACUGUCUCACUCUGGGACUGCAAUCGCAAGUUCAGAGUCAAAAUCCUGGGGAUUGACAUACCAGUGCUGCCUCGUAAUUCAGAACUCAUUGUCUUUGUGGAGGCCAGUAUUUUCCAUGGGCAGCAGCUGCUCGCUCAGGAGAGAACAUCCUCGAAGCCUUUCAUGGAAGAGGUGCUGUGGAAUACCUGGCUUGAUUUCAACAUCAAAAUUAAAGAUUUACCCAAAGGUGCUCGGCUGAAUCUGCAGGUUUCGUGUGGCAAAGCACAAACGCAGACCUCCAAAGACUGCGCUUCGUACGACAGCAAAAACAAGAGAGAGAAACUUCUCUACUACGUAAACCUGCUGGUGGUGGACCAUCGGUCUUUACUUAGGCAGGGCGAGUUCAUCCUGCACAUGUGGAAGAUGCCUGAGAAGAGCGAGGAUAACAGUAACGUAAAUGCCGAUAAACUCACAUCUGCCACCAAUCCGGACAAAACCAGUUCCAUGGCGAUUGCAGUGCUACUAGACAAGUAUUGCUACCCAGUUGCUUUGCCUAAGAGCCGGGAGUCGAGAGAUGCCUCAGAAAUAGAAGGGGAACGAGGGAAAAGGGAGAUGCCAAACCAUUUACGCAAGCAGUUCGAUCAAAUUGUCACUACAGACCCUCUGCAUCCACUCAGUGCAGAGGACAAGGAACUGCUCUGGCAUUUCAGGCUGGAGUGUGUGCGCCAUCCUGCAGCCUACCCUAAGUUUCUUGGUUCAGUAAAGUGGGGAAAACAGGAAGCCGUCACGAUCACACACCAACUCCUAGAGAGAAGCACCGCAUGGGACCGGAGCCCUCUGGAUGUGGGUUUAGCUAUGCAGCUAUUGGAUUGCCACUUUUCUGAUGCAAAUGUCCGCACUAUGGCUGUCAGGAAAUUGGAGACCCUCGGUGACGAUGAUGUCCUUCGGUACCUUUUGCAGCUGGUUCAGGCUGUGAAGUUUGAACCCUAUCAUGACAGUGCACUUGCCAGGUUUCUCCUCAAGCGUGCUCUCAGGAGCAAACGAAUUGGACAUUUCCUGUUCUGGUUUUUGCGGAGUGAGAUAGCUCAGUCCAUGCACUACCAACAGAGGUAUGCCGUUAUUUUAGAGGCUUACUUACGAGGCUGUGGAGAUGCCAUGCUGCAGGACUUCAGGAAGCAGGUGGAAAUUACCGAGGCACUACAGAAGGUCACCCGUGAGGUUAAAGCCAUAUCUGCUGAGAAAUAUGAUGUGUCAGCACAAGUUGUUUUUCAGCUACGCCAGAAACUGGAAUGUCUGCAAAUGCAGGGUUUACCUGACAGCUUUAAAGUACCUUAUGAUCCCAGCCUGCGAGCUGGAGCACUGGUGAUUGAGCAAUGCAAAGUAAUGGCAUCCAAAAAGAAACCCUUGUGGCUGCAGUUUAAACGAGCUGACCCCACCACUCUGUCCAGCGAUACCAUCGGGAUCAUUUUCAAGGAUGGAGAUGACCUUCGUCAGGACAUGUUAAUUCUACAGAUUUUGUUGAUCAUGGAGUCUAUAUGGGAGACAGAAUCGCUGGAUUUGUCUUUAUUGCCUUAUGGUUGUAUUUCCACUGGAAAUAAAAUUGGAAUGAUUGAGAUAGUGAAGGAUGCUGCCACCAUUGCAAACAUCCAGCAAAGCACUGUGGGGAAUACUGGAGCUUUUAAGGAUGAAGUGUUGAACCAGUGGCUUCGAGACAAAUGUUUGAAUGAGGAGAAGUAUCAACAGGUGGUGGAGCGCUUUGUGUAUUCCUGUGGAGGCUACUGUGUAGCAACCUACGUCCUGGGGAUUGGUGAUCGUCAUAAUGACAACAUCAUGAUCACUGAAUCUGGUAACCUUUUCCACAUUGACUUUGGACACAUUCUGGGAAACUACAAGAGCUUUCUGGGAAUAACGAAGGAGAGGGUCCCUUUUGUUUUAACACCUGACUUUCUCUAUGUCAUGUGCACCACAGGAAAGAAGACAAGCCCCAAUUUCCUCAUGUUCCAGGACAUUUGUGUGAAGGCCUAUCUGGCUCUGCGCCAUCACACCAACUUGCUUAUUAUUUUGUUCUCGAUGAUGCUGAUGACUGGCAUGCCCCAGCUGACCAGCAAGGAGGACAUAGAGUACAUCAGAGAGGCUCUGACUGUGGGCUGCACAGAAGAAGUGGCUCAGAAACACUUUCUGGAUCAGAUUGAAAUCUGCCGGGACAAGGGCUGGACGGUUCAGUUCAACUGGUUCCUACACUUGGUGCUUGGCAUUAAACAAGGUGUGGAAAAAAGAUCAGCUUGAGCCAAGUAUUACAGAAAAAGACACCAUGAAACAGUGUUUUUGAAGUGUAUUUUAUCAGAUUCAUUUUUAUAUCACGGUUUUAUUUUUUUUUUUGCAUUUCCUCUUGUCACUUGCUUUGCUGCGUUGCCUAAACGAGAUUAUUUUUCACUUAUCAGUUACAAAGCCGUAAUGAAAAUAAUGGAAAUUGGUUGAGUGAACAUGCAUGUCAUUGCUACUUCUUGCUUAAUAUUUGUAACUUUGAAUUGUGUCUCAGACUUUUAACUCUGAGGUUUAUCCAGUUUUUUUUUUUAUCCUACAAAUUACACAAUAACACGUUGUCAGGUCAGAACUCAGUCCUUUCCAAAAUGUUCGCUUUGUUAAAGUUUAAUGUUACUGUCAUUCCAACAGAUAUGUGCAGUUUUAGAGGGCACAUGGCUUUUAAGUUGCAUGUGUAAUACAAAAGGUAUGUUUAUGUAUAACAUUAUAAUUAUUAGUAGAAUGUAAUGGAGGAGAGUUUGUAUGAUUUGUGUCUCUCUCAUUUUUUAGCUGAGAACCCUGACCAUAAUCUCAUGUAGUGUAUGUAGCUUAUGAAAGACCAAAAAAUGUUUAUUAUCAGUCUAACUGCUCAGUUGUAUAAAUGAGAUCAUUGUAAACUGCUUCUAACAAAUGCCCUAAAUAUUAAUGUAAUGUAAUCUUACCAACCAAUGCCAUAUUACCAUUGUUACAUUGGCAUUAAGCAAACACACAUGUCCACCCCUAUACAUCGCUUUGCACAGGGACGAUAAAUGUUUUGCAUAAUGUCUAUAGAAGAAUAAAUGUCUAUAUUAGUCCCAA